AUGGACCUGUUCUCCGCCGCCUGCGAGAACUUCGGUCUGGUCAUCAACACACAGAAGACGGUGGUGAUGCACCAACCGCCACCCAACUCAGCCACAGCCCCCAACGCGUCGCCGCAAAUCAGCGUGAACGGAACCCAACUGCAAGUGGUGGAGAACUUCCCGUACCUGGGCAGUACUCCCUCCCGCCACACCAAGAUCGACGACGAAGUCGCCAACAGGAUCUCGAAAGCCAGUCAAGCCUUCGGUCGUCUCCAAAGCACAGUUUGGAAUCGCCACGGUCUUCAGCUGUGCACGAAGCUGAAGAUGUACAAGGCCGUAAUCCUGCCGACACUACUGUAUGGAGCGGAGACUUGGACGGUGUACGCAAAGCAGGCGCGUCGUCUGAACCACUUCCAUCUCAGUUGUCUUCGUCGCAUCCUGAGGCUAGAGUGGCAGGAUCGAAUCCCCGACACCGAAGAGCUGGAACGGACGGGAAUUCUGAGCAUUUACUCCAUGUUGAGACAAAUGCAGCUGCGCUGGUGCGGCCACCUGGUGCGCAUGGACGACGAGCGGCUACCCAAACGACUCUUCUACGGAGACGUCGCGACGGGUUCUCGCCGUCAAGGAGGCCAGAUUCGCCGUUAG